ACUAUGUGGUAAAACUAAUCAACUAUUAUCAUUUAAUAAUGUUAGCAAUGUAAUUAAUUUUGGAUAUUUGUUUCAAUUUCGUGCUUCUAAUGUAUUUACUCCUGCCUUGAAAAAAUUAAUUAGUGAAAAGACAUGUUGGGCUAAAGGAUAUGGAAUGUCUAAAAAAGCAUUAAAUUUAAUGAUAUGUCUCAAUUGUAAUGAUGAAUUUUAUAAAAUAAUGGAGGAGUUCAUUUCUUCCAAAACACGAGAGUUGCAACUUUUAGAAGAGGAUAAUAAUGAUAAAAAUAAUAUUGAAUCUCAUUAA